CUUUGACAGAGGUAAAGUAAUCAAAGCAACCUAUCCGUGGCAUCCGCUUGUCAAUCUAGCUGAAAACGGACAAAAUGUCAUCUUCAACUCCAUUCGAUGCCAGAAGACCAAACAAAAUCCACAGGUACAAACCAAAGGACACAAAUGCUCCUGGCGAUGACCCAACCCCCGACUACAUGAAUCUGCUAGGCAUGAUCUUCAGCAUGUGUGGCCUUAUGAUGAAGCUGAAGUGGUGUGCGUGGUGUGCUGUCUACUGCUCGUUCAUCAGCUUUGCCAACUCGCGCGCCUCUGAGGACACCAAGCAGACACUCAGCAGCUUCAUGCUUUCCAUAUCAGCGGUUGUGAUGUCAUAUCUCCAGAACCCCCAGCCAAUGACUCCACCCUGGCAGUGAUCCUCAUCCCUCCUGACCCUGCCACCCGUCACCACCCUGGGGCCAAUAUUUCUAACCCUGGGAUCAUAAACAUACCUGUGCAAUCAACACCUCAUUUCAAAAGACUUUUUCAAACUGGAUUAUUAUCCUGCGAAAAUAUUACAACAAAGCUUGUUUUUACCAAAAAAUUAACUUUGAAACCUUAAACUAUUUAGUUAUAUGCACUUCAUGAAAUAGUUUUAGCCCAUUUGAACAAUAUCAGAAAAAAAUCGAUAUGUAUAUGAAAUGUGUACAAUUUCAAAAGUUGUUGAUAAAUAUUUACCAUAAGAUAAAAAAGCCAAAAUAUCCAAUAUUAUAAUUAUGUAGAUUAUUAUUUAAUUGCUCAGGGGUCAUGUGUGAGAAAAAAUACACUAAACACAAAUAAACACAUAUGCAUAUGUUUAUUUUUAUGUACCAAUGUGUUAAAAUAGUGAAAAUCAGUUUUAUUACUUUUUAUGCCCCCACAAAGUGGCGGCAUAUAGGGUUGCCCUUGUCCGUACGUACGUCUGUCUCUCUGUCCGUACGUACGUACGUACGUACGUCCCGAAGAUUGUUUCCGAUCUAAUUCUUGAAAACUGUUUGUCCAAUCCUCACCAAACUUUAAACACAUGUUUGUGACCAUAAUAUCUUGAUCAAGUUCGAUAGUCAUGGAAAUCGCUUUAGUCAUUUAGGAGUUACGGCCCUUUUUUGCCAAAAAUACUUCAAAAAUCAUUAUUUAUAUUUUAUUUUUAGUUCAUGAUAAUAUCUUAGGAUGCUUUAAAUCCCAUCAAAAGGUGGAACUGUUGCAAUCCCAUACAUGUUGUUCUGUUUGUAGCACUUUUUAAUGAUGUUCUAGAAUCUGACAUUGUAAUGUUUAAUGCUGAUGAAAGUUUAUAAUAAGCAUUUAAAAAUCAGGACACUGCUGGUCAAUUGAGUGAUGGAGAAAGGAAUAACGGUGUUAUUUAGAAGUACUCAUAUCAUCAUAUAUAACGUCUGCACAUUAGUUGAGCUAGAAAUCACUUUUAAGGUUUUAAAGUUAAACCAUGUUUUGAGCAUGUGAACGUCAUGAUUCAAAUGAAAUGAGAUAUAUCAUAUAACUAGUCUAUAUAUAUGAAACAGGAAAAUGUCAAAUGGAAAUACAAUGUCUAAAUGGGAUUUUUUGUGCACUUUACAUAUGUUGCCUGUUUUAGUACUGUUGCUAUUUCAAUGUUUGCAACUAAACUUUUUUUUGUACAUUUGUGAGAUUUUUGAUGAACUUUAAAAUGUUCUUCUUAUGUUUUAUUUAUAAAUGCACAUAUCGCUUUGUAUUUAAAUGAGUGGCCAUAUUCUUAAAGCAAAUUAAGUUGAAUUUUCAACAUUUGAACAAAGUAGUUUAUUUUCUCUCUUUCUGAGGUGAAUUUAAUUAUAAAUAAAAAUAUUUGUACAACAAAAAUAUAAAAAUAGUUUAAAAUACACAAUAAAAUGGCCUAAAUUUAGAACUCUGUUGAAUACAUUCAGAUUGUUUUUUUAUUUAAAUGCCUCUCUUUAAAACAUAUAUCGUAAAACGUUAUAUAUCCGCUUUUAACAAUUUCUGUAGCCCAGAAGCAAUCUAAGAAUUUGGGUUUGGGAUAAACAAACGGCUAAUUUCAAUGACUGUUGUAACUGUACCAUCAGCGCUCCAUAUAUCAUGGCAUUAUAAUCAUUUGUACAUCUAAGAGAUGUGUUUUUAUCCAAGACUAAACUGUUUUAACCAUGUACUGUAAAUAAACUGGAGAAGAUGUUGAUGAA